UCAACAGAGGGAGGUUUUCAGUGGUGAGGAAAUCCCGUGGAAAUGUGGUUGUUGGACAAGUAUUCGGGACGUUUGUAGCGAAAUAUCCAUCGCCGCUGGUGCGUAGCGGGCACCCGGAGACACAACGGCUGCGGCUAAGUGUGAGUAAGGGGGGGACCGGGGGAAAGCGACAGCCGCUUGGGUCAAAAUGUCGAUUCAGUACGAGGUGGAACAGCUGGCUGACAGCUACGGGGUUGCGGACUCCUUCCCCAAAGAUUUCGGUUAUGGAGAGGAAGAGGCCGACAUCGAGGACAGCCCGGCUCCCUCCGACAGCAAGCCGCGAAUCCUCCUCAUGGGCUUGAGGAGAAGUGGGAAAUCCUCCAUUCAGAAGGUAGUUUUCCACAAAAUGUCUCCCAACGAGACCUUGUUCUUGGAAAGCACCAACAAGAUAUACAAAGAUGAUAUAUCCAGCACCUCCUUCGUCAACUUCCAAAUCUGGGACUUCCCAGGCCAGGUGGACUUCUUCGACCCCACCUUUGACUAUGAGAUGAUCUUCAGAGCCACGGGAGCUUUGAUAUUUGUCAUUGACGCUCAGGAUGAUUAUGUGGAGGCCCUCGGGAGACUGCACCUCACCGUGUCGCGGGCCUACCGGGUCAACCCCGAGAUCAACUUCGAGGUGUUCAUCCACAAGGUGGACGGCCUUUCGGACGAUCACAAAAUCGAGACCCAGAGAGACAUUCACCAGAGAGCCAACGACGACUUGGCCGACGCAAGUUUAGAGAAGCUCCACCUCAGCUUCUACUUGACGAGUAUUUACGACCACUCCAUCUUUGAGGCCUUCAGCAAAGUGGUGCAGAAACUCAUCCCUCAGCUUCCCACGCUGGAGAACCUCUUAAAUAUCUUCAUUUCUAAUUCAGGAAUAGAGAAAGCCUUUCUGUUCGACGUGGUCAGCAAGAUCUACAUCGCCACCGACAGCUCGCCUGUUGACAUGCAGUCGUACGAGCUGUGCUGCGACAUGAUCGACGUGGUCAUCGAUGUCUCUUGUAUUUAUGGUCUGAGUGAAGACGGCAGUGGCAGUGCUUACGACAAAGAGUCCAUGGCUAUCAUCAAACUCAACAACACAACUGUGCUCUACCUGAAGGAAGUCACCAAGUUCCUGGCUCUGGUUUGCAUCUUGCGUGAAGAAAGUUUUGAGCGCAAAGGUUUGAUAGACUACAACUUCCACUGUUUCCGAAAGGCCAUCCACGAGGUAUUUGAGGUUGGCGUGUCCACGCAGCGUCCGGCCGGCCCUCAGGCGGUGGGCUCGCCCUGCGCCAAGGCGGUCGCCCUCAACGGCACGCCCCGUAACACCGUCUAAACACUGAUGCAAGAUAGGAACAGACGCAGGGAGGAACCCGAGUAGCAGAGACUUCUUAACCCGGAGCUCACCACCCCUCGCUCCCACUAGCUCAAACGGAUCAAGACAGUGUGGGAUAAACACUGAAAUCACCAGGGACCAUGUCGAGGAGCCCUGCUGGAUGUGAGGAAAUCCAAAAACUGCUUUACCCGACGGGAAAUCUGAGAUUUCCUGGAGCGUUUUAACUGCUGCUGGUCCCCGACUAUGACCAACGAGAGCAAACAUUUGUCGUCUCCUCACUGUGGAGUUUUUAGGAUUCAGGUCGUGUUUAAAAAAAUAAAAAAAGAAAUAAAAAAAAAGGAAAAAACACCCACACCAGUGACUGGAACCUGUUCAAAGAUGGCCUUAUGUAGAUAAAGCUAACGCUUUCUCUCACUCGCUCACCUGGAUGCUGCCCACAAUUCACCUCUGAAGGGAUACACCAAAAGGGAUUGUCGCGUGAGAGGGAUGCCUGUAGAUACUCAUGAAUGUAUGUGUCAGCUCUUUUAUGUGCGCGUGCUCAUUCUCAUUAACCACUAGCUAAUAAACUCUGCGAUCAGUGUGUGCUCCACUGAACCUGAUCGACUUCCUGUUAAACGGCUGGAAAUGCACUGCCAGAAUACUUUCACCAAGCGGCUUGUGUUGAUUUACUCUUCUGUCUGAUCUGAAACAUGGCUACAACAUCAGUCUUUUCCCACAUUGAAUCCUUCAAAUCUUCCACUUUCACCGUCUGAGAUCAACAUGUACUCAUUCCAUGUGUGAUUGUCGUCGUGUACGUGUCAGCAAUGUUCAACCAACACGGAAGCAGAGUCACAACAUCCUAGUUUGUUUACAUGCUGUCAGCGGAGGCGGAGCUGGUCUGGUCAUGCAGGAUUGGCAGGUUUGCUGAACUAUGUGAGUCCUCUGCUUCAGUACUGCUCGAAAACGAAAUGAAAAAUAAACACAUGCACAUCUGGACCGACCUGGAGAAGUGAUUCAGUGUGUUGCACCACUUCUUGAAAGGUGUACGGAUAACAUCAGGCACACAGAUACUACUGUUGACAUCAUGUGCAGUGGGCUGCAAACGUCCAAGACGGAAACUCUCAGAACUGAGCAGAGGAAAAAAAAUGAAAAAAAUUUCUCCAGUGUAGACAGAAGGAAAAGUCACAAACACAAUGCUUUUUUGUUCAGUAGGACUCUGGGCUGUGAAAAGGUUUUUGAAAACGAUAGUGCACUAUAAACUAUUGUAUCAUGGUGUCAGCACUGUGUUCAGUCACGUGAGACUACAGGCUUGAUUUCUCCUGGUACAAGGAGAAAUCUCUCACUGUCACUCUUCAAGAGGUUUGGCUUCCCUGAGCAGUUUCAUCUUGUAUUGCUUCUUCAGAAGUAGUGAUGGGCUGAUGGGGCUUCAUGAAGCAGGGUCCUUGUUUUGAGAGCUCAGUAGGUGGCGCUGUUGGAUAAAAAAUGAGUCGAGGUUUCAUGGAAAUGGUUGUUCAAAAUCCAAAGAUUUUUGACCAGGGAGUCUAGAGGGCUGAAAAACUGGCGACACUGUUUCAUGAAGCCUCAUCUGUCCAUCACUACUGCAUUGCCUUGCCCCUCUCAACUACAGCUACAGUAUCUUUCUGAGGUCUUCUGACACCUCCUUGAGCUUUAUGGCUGUUGAGAUGAGGUGUCAUGAAACAGUACUGCAGGGUUGAUGAAAUUUUCAGAGGCCACUAGAUGGCGCUCUUGGUUUACAAAUGAUGUGAGGUUCCAUGGUAUUAGUUGUUCAAACCCAGACAAUUUACAGCAGACUGUGCCCUCUGGUGGCCCUUGAAAAUCUGUUUCAUGAAGCUUCAUCAACCCGUCACUACUGACAAGCAUAGGAUGACUGUGGAUAGGAGCAUAGUGGACACUAUUUAUCGGGAGAAAUCAGGCCUAUAUAAAUGUGCUGUGACACUGUGAUGCAAAUAGUUUAUGGUGUGCAAUCAUUUUCAACUCCAAAUAUCAUCUGUGCAAGGGUGUGAACACUUUUGCAACGACAGAAUUCACAGUAAAGAGUUCUUUCCAACAAAAACCGUGGUGGAUCGUUUUGCACUGAUCUGAGAAACUGAGGUUUUGGUCAUGGGUGUGAAGCCUUUUGCAACCCACUGGAGGAAUGUUGUAAGACACACACGAGGACCCCGAGGCAGGAUUCAGUCUUAAGACCGCUGGUGAUGCAACCUGUUGAUAAACACGUUGUUGACCGAUGUCUUUGCACUCAAUCGCACAACCAGGGAGACCUGGUAUGCUCUGUUUUUGGUAUGAUUUUCUGGUGUUUCAUCACAGAUGAUUUCAUCAUAAAAGAGCUGAAAGAACAGAAGUUCCCUGGUGACUCUCACAGGUGACAAGCAGCACAACUCUCCACAUGUGACACGUGAAAAGAUCUCAAAAGGCUUUCCAGGACUGAAGGUCCGUAGGUCCGAGUAAACGGCAAGCAGGGAUUUAUGUUAAUAUGUGAUGGUUUUCUGGGUUCACUCCGAUACAAACAAAA